AUGGUCAAGUUUGCGGGAAACAAUCUUGCCAGUCUCGAUGGAAACGAGAAUGGAAUCUAUCCCAUCUACUCGUCAAAUCCAAAUUCAGAGACGGCAUGGUCGAAGGCUCUUAGUGCUGCUGAGGUCUCUUCGGACAAUGACUUGAGUCAUACUAUCUUCUUCACAUCGAAGACUUUCCCUAUAGGGGAGCGUUACCCAAACUUUGCGGACUUCACCGACGUUCGAGGCUUGCUUGCCGGUGUCAGGGUCGAAUCGAUGGACAGAGACAUUAACAAGAGCAUCCUGAAGAUCACGGAGGCGAUCUGUGAGACCGGCACGACAGAAGUGGCAUUACGCGACACGGAUCGCGCACAAGGUCCUCGACGGCUUUCCCGACAUGGACAGGAAGCCGAGCGUCAUCUUGACAUCGGCCCAUGCCAUCACGAGACGAUGGAUGACGAGGGCAACGACCCCCGCAGAGUCAUCUUGAUCAUGCCCUACAGGUCAUGGGCGAGGAAGACUCUGAUGACCAAAGAAGAGAAUGACAAAGUAACAUACUCUUCGUCCUUCGCCUCGCAAAGCCGUGGCUUUGAGGUCUUGAUCUGCGAUGAGGCUCAUCGUCUCAAGGAGCGAUCAACGGUAUCGUUCAAGGCCGUGUCUCUGAUCGCAGCGAGCAGAGUUCUACUCACCACCACGCCUUGUCUAAAUGACCCCAAGGAUUAUCUGGCACUUGCCGAAAUCAUUUGGACUUGCCGGCACCAAAUCCUCGACCAAGAGGAGCGAGACUUCCUUCUCGAGUUGGAGAAGAAGGGUUAUGGACAGUUCGCAAAUACCGUCAAGUCCUUCUGUCAAGAUGAGAACACUCACCGGACUCUGCGAAGUCUCGCUUCGAAGCCCGAGAUAGUGAAGGCUUUGAUUCACAACUCGACCGAGAAGCAGAGCUGGGAGGCUGGGUUCCAUCAUUUCAGCUCAGUUGCUAUCCUGCGCCGAUCAGCUAGCUCCGCAAUCUUCCGAAUGAAAGGCAAAGAACAUCCCGUCAGCUUAACAUCCGUUUUGCCUCAAUUGAGACCAUCGUCCGUCUCCAUUGACUUCGAGACGGAACUCAAGUCUAAAAUAGAAUACAGCAUGCUGCAUUUGUAUACGGAAGUUACUUUUGACUGA